UACGUUAGGGCAGUAUCCUACCAGGGAUCAGGGCAUGCUCCUGUGGCAUUGGCAACACCUCUACCACGUGUGAUCUGGGCUGGACUUUGCCUGAUAGGGCACUGCCCUGGGCACAGUCCUGGCACAAGAUCCAGUACUGCCCCAGGCAAGUCCUGGCACACGAGCCAGCUAGUCCCAAGGUUGUGGAGGCUGCCAGCAGGGAAGACAGCCAGGGCUGUGUGGACCCACUGUCAGCUAUGGAGCAGGAAGAUGCAAUGAGGCAGGAGCUGGGAAGCCUCCAUGGCAUCCCCCUCUUCAAGAGCUUCAUUGAGGGCUGGCCAGAGGUGAAGGCUUUCCAAGCCCGUCCAGACGACCUGCUCAUCUCCACCUACCCCAAAUCAGGCACAACGUGGCUGAGCGAGAUCAUGGACAUGAUCUACCAUGAUGGCAAUGUGGAGAAGUGCCGACGGGAUGCCAUCUACAACCGCGUGCCCUUCCUGGAAAUGAAGGUCUCCGGGGGCCCAAGUGGUGUUGAGCAGCUGGAGAACACCCCAUCCCCGCGGCUGGUAAAGACCCAUCUCCCGGUCCAGCUCCUCCCAAACUCCUUCUGGGAGAAGGACUGCAAGAUUAUCUACAUGGCCCGCAACCCCAAGGAUGUUGUCGUCUCCUACUACUACUUCCACCAGAUGGCCAAGCUACACCCUGAUCCUGGCAUGAAGGCUGAGUUCUUGGAGAACUUCAUGGCUGGCAAAGUGGCCUAUGGGUCCUGGUAUGACCAUGUGCGUGGAUGGUGGGAAAAGAAGCAGGAGAAAAAGAUACUCUACCUCUUCUAUGAGGACAUGAAGAAGGACCCACGGCAGGAGGUGCAGAAGAUCUUACAGUUCCUGGGCAAGGAGCUGGCAGAGAGAACAGUGGAGAGGAUCCUGCACCACACCUCCUUCCAGGAGAUGAAGAAGAACCCUGCUGCCAACUAUGAGACCAUGCUCCCCAUCUUCAUGGAUCACAGCCUCUCCCCCUUCCUCCGAAAAGGGAUCUCUGGAGACUGGAAGAACCACUUCACUGUGGCCCAGAAUGAGCGCUUUGACCAGCACUACGAGGAGCACAUGGCAGGCUCUGACCUCCACUUCCAGAUGGAAGUGUAAGGGGCUCAUCUCCCUUUGCAGGAGGACUGUGGAAGAUGGGGAUUCUUGCACUAAUUCACUUUUCCCUCUGAAAUAAAUUGUGAUAAAUGGAGGCUGAGUCAUUGCCUGCAGGGAAAAUGAGGGUAGGACCUGAACCCCCUGAAUUCUAGGCAGUGUCUGGGAACACCUUCAUGGUCAUCAGGGGAGAUGGGCUCACAGUGGAUUUUUAGCUAGAGAUGCUCAGGCAUCACUAGGAGUGGGCACCCUCCCAGAAACCACCACUGGCCCUUGUCAGCUUGGGCUGCCCCAGCCUACCAAGGUGCUCUGAGGGAAAAAAGAUCAGUGAUGAGUGGAAAAUCCCUGGAGCACCAGCAAAUCCAGUGCUGCCACAGCCCUUGUGUGCACAGGAGCUUUCAUGCCUCUGGGUUGUGGCAAGUUCCUUGAUGGAGCAGGUGGUGGUGAGGCUCUCCUUGGCCCAGCUGGAGCUUGGCAGCCCA